CGGCGGCGAGAAAAGGCCCAGAUCUGACGGUCUACGAAGCAUGGACACAUCAGUAUAGAAGUCACGGCUAUGACAUAUUCAUUAUUGCCUCUCUUGGUUGCGGCUGCUCACACUCCUCUUGGUGCCGUGGGUGAGCUUCGGUAUGAUCCCGUCGUCGUGGCUGGCGGAGGGCCAGCGGGGCUGUCAACAGGUACACAUCCAUUGCACACAUGCGUGAUGAGUCAGAUCCACAGCACACACUCAUGGAUGUUCACCGUCUGCUCCGUGUGUUCCUCUCUGUGGGUGUGCAUGCAGCCAUCAUGUUGGCCAAGCGCGGCUACCGCGACAUCACCGUCCUGGAGCAGAGGAGCGCAUCAGCCUACAUGAACGACACCUCCGACCCAUCACACAUGCUCACCCUCUUCCCACGGGCGCAGCGUGUCCUCUCCUCUCUCGGCGUGCUCGUGGCCGUCCGUGCUUCAUGCCUGCCUAACGCCCUCCACAAUGUGACGGUCGUCACGCCGAAGCGCGUCAGGAGUGUGCUCAUCAAGGAGCAUGAGAGGCGGCGGGGUGACAACCACAGCAGCAGCAGCAGCACAUCAUCUCACUCGCCGUCUGUGUGGUUUAUAUCCUGGAAUCAACUCACCAAGGCGCUUUGCGAGCACAUCGACGCGAGAUGGUCUGAUUCGAUUCGUGUGGCGACUGACUCGCGCGUUAUCAAUGUGGAGAGGUGUGACGAGCAGGGGAGUGACAUGGUGGAUGUGACUGUGCGUGAGAGUGCCGCCGACGGGGGCAGUGAGGUGUACACUAUGAGUGCGAGGCUGGUUGUGGGCGCCGACGGGGGCGAGUCGAGGGUGGCGGACGUGAUGGCGAGAAUGGACCCCAUGUGCAGGAGGGUGACGCUGGGAAGGCCGUCGUCGUGCAAUGGCGUGAAGAACAUGAGAUACAAGUCAGCCAGUGAGGGAGCAGAUGCCUCCCACGUGUGGGUGCACCUCUGGCUGCCUGCUUUCCUCUUCUGUCAGGACCUUUUCUCUUCCGAGUGAUCUGCCGCUGUCAUCUUCGCAGCCGCCCCUCCCUGCCGGGACGCCGCUGACGCUCUCAUCAUCCUCAUUUAGACUGCACGUCUACCCAUCACCGUACGCACGAAUCAACAUGUAUCUUGACGCUUGAAUAUCUCCUUGACGCGUCCAUGCAGCAAGAACGAGAGCAGGGUUGGCAUGGCGAUCGUUCAUCGGUCCCAUCCACUGCUGCGCAUGAGGCGUGGCCGCGACGUGCUGAAGUACCUGCAGAAGGCUUUCCCCAAUGUGCCCAUCAGGUCGGUGGUGUCGAGGGACGAGGCCGACAGAUUCGCCGCCCGGAAGGAGCACACAUUCCCGGUAGGUACACAGGCACACAGAAACUGCUCUCCAUCCAUUCAUCCUUCUUUCUAUGGAUUGAUGUGUCAGUCUAACAGCUACAUCGACCACCGUGUGUAUCACGACUCGCAGAUGGUGUUGGUAGGUGACGCGAUGCACUCCAUGUGCGCGGACCUGCGUCAGGGCGUCAGCUGCGCCCUGCAAGACGUUGAGCUGCUCGAGUGGGCCAUCGACCGGUGCGAUGACGACCUCACCGAGGCGCUUGCUUUAUACGACAAAAUGCGCGCCAAUGAGGCGAAGGCCAUCGUCUGGUACGUGCCCAUCUGAGCCACACGUGCGUCUCUUGCUGUUCAUGUAUGGGUUUCCUUCAGGCUGUCUUAUUUGUACCCUGUCGCAAGUGGGCUGACGCCAUUGAUUCGGCGAAACCUGUGGCUGCUGGACUUCAGGAUACAAUCCUUCUUACACAAGGUGCGUAGAGACACCCAACACACAAGAUGCCUCCCACGUGUGCUGUAUUGCGUGGCCAUGCAGGUGCUGCCGCGUGUGUUUGCGCCUCCCCCCUUUGUGUAUGUGGGCCGUGCUGAUGUGCCCUACAGCACCAUCCUGCAGCGGUGCAUGAGCACCACACGCACCAUCCACACCAUGGAAACACUGGCUGUCGGCCUGUGUGUGGGGUUUGGCGUGUACCAAUACAUGAGGACGGUGCAAGGCAAGGCAAGCCGACUCGAAUGAAG